AUGGUUGCCGUUGCGCACCUGGCCGCACCUCUUCGCAGCCAGGUAUACACAGUAAUCGAUUGCGUGGUAUCAGGCUGGGGUCCAUGGUCAGACUGCGACACAAACUGCGGCUCCGGCAGCAUGGUGCGCAGCCGCCGCGUGGUACAGGCGCCUGCGCACGGUGGCCGACAUUGCCCCUCGUUGGUGCAGCGAAGAGCCUGCCAGGAACAUAGAGGCUGUUCUGCUGACAGCGAUGUGCCGUUGAGAGAUGAGACUGCAAUGCUGUUGCCGGGUGGUUUAUACUGCGCCCAGUUCGAAGUCACCAAGGUGUCCAAAGCCUGCCACACAGACUCCGACUAUAAAGCAUUAAGAGAAGGAGCAACAGUCUGCGUGCUCUGUGAGACAGCAGCUCUUCGACGAGACCUAAAAUGGCGCUGCAGUGGGCAUGGCGUACCCGGCCACGCGACCCGCUUCUACGCCCUAGUAGCACCUCAUUGCCACGGCAAGUGGGUGAAAGCCGCUCAAAAUCCGGACAAAAGAAGCGACUGCUGCACGAAUCCCGACUUUAUAUUCGUUUAG